GUCAUGCUCCGGCCCAGCUGAAUAAGCGACCCAGUCAUCUGCAGUCCUGCGCUUUGACACUCACCAUGCUCCCCCGCCUCGCACGCGCCAUGUCGUCGACACCGCAGUACACGCUCUACACGCUCUGCGCGAACGCCGAGAAGACGCUGCCGAGCCACUCGAUGCACGUGAACAAGACGAAGAGCGAUUUGGCCAUCCUCGGCAUCCCCUACACCGAGACGAAACUCACCUUCGCCGAGAUCCGGGGCGACCUCGCGCGCGCGAGCGGCAACGACAAAGUGACGGUGCCCACACUCCGCGCCGGCGACGAAUACGUCACGGACUCAUUCAAGAUCGCUGAGUGGCUCGACGCGCGCGCGCCCACGCCCACGCUCUUCCCGACGCGCGACGCGCACCGCCUCGCCCGCCUCCUCUCGGCCUGGACGGACGGGGACAUGGCGCUGAGCAUCCGCGAGCUCUUCCGCCCGCUGUUCUACGACCUCAACGACGCCGCGUCAAAAGAGUACUUUGUGCGUGUGCGAUACCUGGGCCAAGCGGACGAGUUGGCGGCGCACCGCGCCGCGCUGCGCAGCCUCCCCGACGUCGAGCGCAAGGCAGUGCGCGCGCGCGCAAGCCUCGCUGUCCUCGAAAACUACCUCUCCCACGAGGAGGGCCCGUUCAUCCUCGGCCGGGAGGCGAGCCACGCCGACUCCAUCGUCUACGGCUGGUACUGCUGUUCGCAGGUCAAUGCGCGCGUGGUCAACCCCCGCUUGUGGUACCAUGACAGCCUGCCGCGCGUCGCCGCGUGGGUCGACGCGAUGAAGGCGCGCACGGGGCUCGACGUCUCGUUCCCCACGCCCGAGGGGUAUGCGUAUUAGCAUGAGUUCGUACAUUGUAGACACUGAAGCUGUUCUCGUUGUGCCGC